AUGAACAACGACUUGCUCUGCCUGUGUCGUGCACGACACGGGUUCGACGCCGGCACCAGUGGCUUACGGGCUAAGCGACCCACUCAGACGCCGAUCAGCGUGGAAUUGAGCGGAAGUCAGAACAACUACGUUGUUCCCGCCGCUUUCAACACAAGUGUCGCCAUCGCGGCGAUUAUCAUGUUCUUCGGCCUUGCUUCCCCCGGAAUCGAGCUUGACUAG